AUGACCUUCCCUCCCCCUCCCCCUUCCUCCCAAUCGUCGAUUGCUUCUGGUACCGAUAAGUCUUCUUCGACCAGGCCUACACGGUCACAGCAAUCUCCCUGGGGUCCGCCCGUGUCGCAGUCGAGUGUUCGUCGGGGGUUGACACCGCUUGCGACCAACCUCUCCAACCCCUCUGCUCCUGCCCGCGGCCCAUCUCAGACGAAUAGCCCUGGCCCCGGGGUUUCAACUUCAUCUCCUCUCACGUCCUCAUUUUCCGCCGUCUUGAGUUCCUCACGGGGCUACCCGCUUGGUCGGAACGUACCAUCACCAGCCUCCACACCCGGUCCUUUCGCCUCUUACCAAUCUGGCUCGCAGCAACCUCAGCAAGUGCCCGGUCAAUCUCUCUCUUCUCCCAAAAUCAGAGCUCAUACCCCGUCCUCAGGGUCACAUCUGGCUUCCGCAGGGGGCUCCGUCGCAGGUGGUGGAGGCUCUGGGGGAGGUGGAGGUGGGACGGGUUCUUCCAGAGGCGCAACCUUCUCUCCGCUGCUGUCCGGAACAACCGUGAAUUCACCGACCGGGUUUCCGUCAGAUAAACCGGGGUCCGCAGCGGCUCACGGAAGCCAGUCAUCUCUGGCGAAGAUUUCCAUCGCUCAGGUAUUCUUGUUAUUAGACUCGAUUACGGAGAAAGAGGGCCGCGAGAAGUGGGAAACAAAGGCUGCUCAAAUUCAUAAACUGGUCGAGUCAAACGGAAUGGAGGUCUUUUCAAAGUACUUUCGGCGCCUUCUCACAGGCAAUGCCCCUCAGAUCUUUCCGGGUCUCAACAAAUCUGUGGAAAAUGCAGGAAACUACCCGCUUUUGGUCCAGGAAAUGCAAAAGGUCUCCCAGGAUAUAGAGCAAGCGCAAAAGAUUGCGGAGACUGUCGACGCAUCAGAGGGUGACAUCUUCCGUGACUUUGAUCUUUCUACCUUCCUGGAUCAUUUUAAGCUCGAUCCCAUUGUCAAGGUUGCUUUGGCUUUGACUUUUAAAACUGCAAAUAAGUCUGAUCUACGUGUGAAAGCCGAUGCCAUACUUGCCAACUCGGUUACUCCUUUUCUACAAAGUCUAGCGGCCCCAUCGGAUGUAUCGAAAGACUUCACUAAUUCGUUUAUCGGGAUUACGAUCGAGCGUUUUAUACUAUACCCCCCUCGCAACUUCAGCGAUGAAGUAAAGGCUAAACUGGUGUAUGCUGCGAAUCUGCGGUAUCAAACAUUAGGGGUAGAUUUGCCCUUUGAGGUGGCAUCCGCCUUGCAGAUGUUUAACUUUGUCAAUCCAAAGUUUACAUUGGUACGCCAACUCCAUUCCAAGGGCCCAAGAGCAACAUCAAGCACCGAUGCUGUAAACGAGGUCGUUUCUGCGGCUGGGCCAGACUGUUGGGGCGAGGAGCAUAUUGCAGCUGCCCUACUUUUCUUGGUUCUCUCGCAGUAUUGGCGCGAGUUCUCCUUAGAGACCUAUCUUGCGGCUGUUCGCUCUCACUAUGGCGACAAACAGAUCAACUGGGCCCUAGUCCUCCGAAAUUUUGAUCGCGAUGGUCUAAGGUUGGAUGUGCGCCAGUUUGCGAAAUUGUAUACCGUGCUCUUGCCUAUAGCUACAGAGGAUUCGACGCUCGAUAUCCAAAAGCUGUGGGGCGGUGAUUGGGAACACCGUGAAACCCAAAUGUCAUUCUUGGCUGCCUUCAUCCUCUCGCGAACCGAUGCUUCGCAAAUACCUAAUCUCCGUGCCACAUUUCCUCCUGACUUCUUCUCCGAUGGGCCCGAGCUUGUCCGAUUGCAAGGCGAACGUGCAGCAAAAUCUCCUCUCCGGUCUCUGGACGCUAUGAAAGCUAUUUUUGAUCUAGCUUUGUUCUCACAAGCUGCGUGGGCUGCGACGGAAAGUCAAUUACUCAUUAAAGCCGUUGUGCAGUACGACCUUCCUGUUUUCUUGUGCUCAGCUCUAGCUUUACCCCAGCCGUGGACCAGUGUUCAACAGAGUUUCAUCCUCCGGACUCUUGUUGUUUUCAUCAUGAAGCAGGAAGAUGGAUAUCAGCUGGCCCUCCAUGGUGCAUGGCGCCAGGAUAAGCAAUGGGUCGCGGAGCAACUAUUUGCCAUGUUUACCCAGGAUCCCACCUCGACCGCAGCGAUUUAUGAACAUGCCUUUGAGUAUAGCUGGUUGGAUUAUCUUCUUGGAUACACAAAUGGUCUUGCCAUGGAUCUUGCGUGUUAUGCCCAUCGGAAGGGGUCGUUUGAUCUCGAGCAGUGGGUCCGAAAUGCUGCCUCUAAAGGUCUCAUGGAUAUGGGCAGUCUGUUGUCCAAGUUCCUUCGCAUUAAGGCUGAAGAUGAGCUUCAUGUUCAAAGAAGGGAACAGCCUGCUCCCCAGAUGGUCAGCCUCUCAGUCAAGACAGUUUUUACGCUGCUGUCGGUGCUAGAAGAAUAUGUUGGGGACCGCGAAAACCUUACCCCGGUGCAACGCGUCUGCAUCCAAACCUACCCUAGGUUAAUCAACUACGGUGAAGGAUUUGAUGACAUUAUCGAUGCCAACGGCGAAGCUGGAAACGCAUUACCCGAGCCGGUUGACAAGAAAAUGCAAGAGCUGUUCGGCAAAAUGUACCACGAGGAGCUUUCUUUGAGAGAAAUUCUUGAGCUCAUGAGAAGAUACAAAUCCUCCCGUGAACCCCCAGAGCAGGAUUUGUUUGCCUGUAUGGUCCAUGGCCUGAUCGACGAAUACCAUUGCUACCAUGAGUACCCAUUAGAGGCACUGACAAAAACUGCUGUCAUGUUUGGUGGUAUCAUCAAUUUCCGCCUGGUUGACGGUAUAACUUUGAAAGUGGGGCUGGGCAUGAUCUUGGAAGCAGUACGAGAACAUGAAGUGCAUGACCCAAUGUACAAGUUUGGUGUUGAAGCGAUCGAACAAUUGAUCAACCGUCUUCCGGAAUGGGCCGGAUUUUGUCAUUUGUUACUUCAGAUCCCUAGCUUACAGGGCACACCAAUCUUUCAAAAAGCCGAAGAAGUGCUUCAUGAACAAGGAAGCCAAGUUCAAAACGAAAAUGGACGACAGGACAGUACUGUUGGCGGGUCGAUUACGAACGGCAAUGUCGAUGAGCCUGCAGCGGCUGAUGGUGCCAACCGUAAGUUCGUUUCCAUCUAUGUCGACCCUCCUCUCCGGCCAGAGCUUUAUCAGGAGCCAAACGAAGAGGUUCAGGACAAAAUAUUGUUUGUGUUGAACAAUGUAUCUGAGCAGAACAUUGAUGAGAAAUUGCGCGAUCUCACGGACGUUCUUGAGGACCCGCAUCAUCAAUGGUUCGCCUCGUAUUUGGUGGAAGAACGUGCUAAGUUGCAGCCUAACUUUCAACAAUUGUACCUUGACCUUCUGGACCGAAUCGACGACAGGGUGCUGUGGGUUGAGGUCCUUCGGGAGACAUACGCUAGCACGUCAAAGCUUCUGAAUUCCGAAGCAACAUUGGGAUCGUCCACAGAGAGGAGUCACCUUAAGAACCUGGGUUCUUGGCUUGGAUCCUUGACUAUCGCAAAGGAUAAGCCGAUCAAGCACAAGAACAUCUACUUCAAGGGGCUUCUCUUGGAAGGUUAUGAUAGUCAGCGCCUAACAAUUGUGAUCCCAUUCACCUGCAAAGUACUCGUCCAGGCUACUAGAUCUACCGUCUUCAAACCUCCAAAUCCCUGGUUAAUGGACAUCAUCUCACUGUUGAUGGAACUGUACCACUUUGCGGAGCUGAAGCUCAACCUGAAGUUCGAAAUUGAAGUCUUGUGCAAGGACCUUGAAAUCGACCACAAAACGAUCGAGCCCUCCGUUAUCAUUCGUGAUCGUUCAGCAAACAUUGAGGAUGCGUUGUCAACAGCAAAUAUUCCUGAAGGGUUGGAAGCGUUUGAGGAUAUGGCUCUCACCAGCAUCAGCCAGGGAAUUCGCAAUGAAAGACUGUCCCCAGCUGCUAUCAUGUCAACACUCCCUAGCUUGGACAAGAUUUUGGUGCUACCAUCAUCGGCAAGCAGCAUGGUUGAUCCAAAUAUCCUUCGACAAAUCGUGCACACUGCCGUGGAACGUGCGAUUGCCGAGAUAAUUACUCCUGUUGUAGAGCGGUCUGUCACCAUUGCUUCCAUCUCUACCGUUCAGUUGGUUUCAAAAGAUUUUGCCAUGGAGCCUGACGAGGAGAAGUUCCGACAUGCUGCUGGCAAUAUGGUUAGGCAGCUCGCUGGUAGCUUGGCCCUCGUAACCUGCAAGGAGCCAUUGAAAGUCAGCAUGACCAACUAUAUUCGAAUGAUUCAACAGGAGUACUCCGACCAGCCAAUGCCUGAGGGACUGAUUCUGAUGUGCGUCAACGAUAACCUCGACGCUGCUUGUGGGAUAGUUGAGAAGGCAGCCGAAGAAAAGUCGCUUCCCGAAAUUGAAAAGGUUAUUGAACCUCAACUGGAAGCUCGCAGGCGCCAUCGUGCUGCUCGUCCUACCGAAGCAUUCAUUGAUCCUUCCAUGUCCCGUUGGGGACUUUUUAUCCCUGAGCCUUAUCGCCAAACCACAGGUGGUCUGAACAAGGAGCAGUUAGCAAUCUAUGAAGAGUUCGCCCGUCAAUCUCGUGGCCCAGGGGCAGCCCAUGCUCAGAAUGUCUCGACUGAUUCUGGUCGACAACUCCCUGACGUUCUUCAGGAGCCCUACCCGCCGAUUCCGAAUCUUUCCACCCCUGCAGAGCAGCCCGCUGUCCCUCACAGAACACCACAGCCGCAGCAGGAUACUCGACUGCAACAGUCUGCUCUGGUAGGAGCGUCAUCUCAACUUAACGGUUUCCUUGAAACGCAAAACCCACGUGAAAGAGUGGAGAGCCUCGUUUCCGACCUUCUGCAGGUGGCUCACAAUGCCACUGAGGAGCAUGUAAAAGACCUCGGCCGCGAUAGCACUGUUCUUCAGGAGUACAACCAGGCAUUGCGCUUCAUUUUAGCAUCUCCAAAUGGUGAGGAGCUCGCCCGACUGACAGCACUCAAGGCCUGCACUAGCCUUUACUCGCAAACCCAAGGCACUUUAGAGAUCGAAGUACUUGUGCACCUGCUGGCCAAGCUAUGUGACAUGUCUGCCAUAGUCGCUCGCUAUACCUGGACCGUGUUGUCCGAAGUGGAGGACGACCAUAUGUUCAACGUUCCAGUCACUGUGGCUCUUAUAGACGCUGGACUUUUGGAUAUUCGCCGCGUCGAUAUGAUUCUAACCAGACUCAUCCUCCAAAAGAACACUGCGGCUCUAGAGGUUCUCGCUGACCUGAUGGAUCAGAUCUUAUUCAACGAGGAACCCUCUGCUUUAAGAUCCGAUUUCUCUGGCAGUCUUGAGGCGAUGAGUAAAUGGCUCGCAGAAGAUUCGGCUCUUGUACCGGCAAACGAGAUCAUCAAGAAACUCAGAGAGUCUGGAAUCCCCGAGGUUGUGAACCCACUCCUCUCUGACAAAGCUCGGUCAAAACGGGAUCAGAUGGAGUAUAUCUUCACUGAGUGGAUUGGAAUCUACAAGGCGCCGGGCGCUAUUGAUCGCACAUACUAUUCUUUCUUGAAGGAUUUGCAUGAGAGGGAAGUGAUGGCAAACCAAGAAGAUUCUGCUCUCUUCUUCCGGCUCAGCAUCGACAUUUCGGUUGCGAUGUUCGAACACGAGUCUCAGAACCCCAGCGGCAGCCUGGAUGAGGCUUUCCUCUACAUCGAUGCUCUGGCUAAGUUGGUUGUCCUGCUUGUCAAAUUCCAGGGCGAGGGCACCGGCCCCGUGAAGACUAGCAAAUCCGCCUACUUCAACUCCAUUCUCUCCGUCCUGGUCCUGGUCCUAAACCACCAUCAAGUGAUGAGGGGUGAGGCGUUCAACCAGAGAGUCUUCUUCAGACUAUUCUCAAGCAUUCUUUGUGAAUACUCAAUGAGUGGUUUGCAGCAUAGUGACCAACACCAGGAGAUGAUGUUCACUCUGUCCAACAAACUGCUGUCUCUUCAACCCAAGUAUUAUCCUACAUUCGUUUACGGGUGGUUCUCCUUGGUCGCCCAUCGAUUCUUCAUGUCCAGCAUGCUCAAUAUGCCGGAUCGAGCGGGCUGGGGUCCCUACUGUGAGAUUAUGCAAGCGCAGCUGUCCUACAUCGGCGAACAGCUGAAACCAGCAACCAUCUCCCUUGUUGCUAAGGAUCUAUACAAGGGCGUGCUUCGUAUUCUGCUGAUCCUCCACCAUGACUUCCCCGAGUUUGUUGCCGAAAACCACUUUCAAUUCUGCAAUUCCAUCCCUGCCCAUUGUGCCCAGCUACGCAACCUGGUCCUCAGCGCUUACCCGUCCUCGUUCCAAAAACUUCCUGAUCCUUUCAGAGAAGGCCUCAAAGUCGAACGUCUAGAGGAAAUGCGGGAUCCACCGAGGAUUGCAGGUGACACCGGCGCCCCGCUCCAACGUGCCGGCAUUAAGAACGUUGUUGAUAAUGCGCUUCAGGAUAACAACGCGUCGGACUCGAGCAUCCAGCAGAUUUGCAAUGCCAUUUACAGCCCAGAGAGCAAAGAAUUGGGUAUUUUCUAUGCUCCGAUCAAUGUCGAUGUUACUCUGCUCAACGCACUGGCACUUUAUAUUGGCCAGGGUGCAGUGACUGUCAACGCGUCGAAGGGUAAUAUUCGUGCAGCAUUUGAGAGCUCGCCUCAUUCAGAGCUGUUAGAGAAGCUCGCAAAGACUCUGCAGCCUGAAGCCCGCUACUACUUCUUGAGCGCGAUGGCAAACCAACUUCGCUACCCCAACAGCCAUACAUACUUCUUUAGUUUUGCCAUCCUGCGCCUCUUUGGUACGGACUACUUGGAGCAAGACGAGCCAGAUAUUCGCCAGCAGAUCAUUCGCGUGCUUCUGGAACGCCUUAUUGUUCACCGUCCUCACCCUUGGGGGCUGAUCAUCACCCUCCAGGAGCUGCUUCAAAAUAGGAGCUAUGCCUUCUUCAACCUCCCGUUUAUUCAGGCUGCACCGGAGGUGAGUACCCAACACUGUUCACUUGAUUGA